CCUACGCCGUGCGCCAAAGUUAUCACUUAAACACCCAACCUCCAUGCAGACUUUGUCAUCAAAAACUACCAGAGCUUUUAGGAAAACGCUGCAAAGAAUUAAGCAACCUUUGCGCACUUGAGAGUUAAGGGACACCCUCCUCCCUCUCUCUGUACACACACAGUGUACCUUUUUCUCAGCAGUCCUGUUCCGCUCAUGCUCCCCACGGUGCUACAUCAGAACUGUAGAAUGCAGUCGUCUUUGCCAGGAACAGUACCGCGAAUGAUGCGACCAGCGCCUGGACAAAACUAUCCGCGCACUGGCUUCCCUUUGGAAGUGUCAACUCCCCUGGGUCAAGGUCGGGUAAACCAACUCGGUGGAGUGUUCAUCAACGGAAGACCACUGCCAAAUCAUAUCCGACACAAGAUAGUGGAGAUGGCCCACCACGGUAUCCGUCCCUGCGUGAUCUCUCGACAGCUACGAGUUUCCCAUGGUUGCGUGUCCAAAAUUCUUUGUCGGUAUCAAGAAACAGGAUCAAUCCGACCCGGGGCAAUAGGAGGAAGCAAACCCAGACAGGUAGCAACGCCCGAUGUGGAGAAACGGAUUGAGGAGUACAAGCGCGAGAAUCCCGGCAUGUUCAGCUGGGAGAUCCGAGACAAGCUGCUGAAGGACGGGGUGUGUGACAGAAGCACAGUUCCUUCAGGUGAGGCCUCAUCUGUGAGUUCCAUUAGUCGUGUUCUGAGAGCUCGAUUUGGGAAGAAAGAUGAUGAAGAAGAUUGUGAUAAAAAAGAUGAAGACGGAGAGAAGAAAACUAAACACAGCAUCGAUGGCAUUCUUGGCGAUAAAGGUAGCCGUAUGGACGAAGGCUCAGAUGUGGAGUCGGAGCCGGACCUUCCCCUGAAGAGGAAACAGAGGCGCAGUCGCACCACUUUCACGGCCGAACAGCUGGAGGAGCUGGAGAAGGCCUUUGAGAGGACACACUAUCCCGACAUCUACACCAGAGAAGAGCUGGCCCAGAGGACCAAGCUCACAGAGGCCCGUGUACAGGUGUGGUUCAGCAACCGACGGGCCAGGUGGCGUAAGCAAGCGGGAGCCAAUCAGCUGGCGGCAUUCAAUCACCUGUUGCCAGGCGGAUUCCCAGGCAGCGGCAUGCCCACGCUACCCACCUACCAGCUCCAAGAUUCCGGUUACCCCACAACCACACUAUCACAAGACGUUAGUGGCACGGUUCACCGCCCUCAGCCAUUACCACCGUCCACCAUGCACCAGGGAGGGCUGUCGGGCGGGGAUGGCGGCUCGGCCUACGGCCUGUCGUCCAACCGUCAUGGCUUCUCCAGCUACUCCGACUCCUUCAUGAGCCCCUCGGCACCCAGUAACCACAUGAACCCCGUCAGCAACGGCCUCUCCCCACAGGUGAUGAGCAUCCUGAGUAACCCCAGCGGCGUGCCCUCACAGUCCCAGCAUGACUUCUCCAUCUCGCCCCUCCACGGCAGCCUGGAGUCGUCCAACUCCAUCUCGGCCAGCUGCAGCCAGCGCUCCUCAGACCAGUCCAUCAAGACGGUGGACAGCAUGGCCUCCUCCCAGUCCUACUGCCCUCCAACCUACAGCACCACCAGCUACAGUGUGGACCCUGUUACGGCCGGCUACCAGUACAGCCAAUACGGACAGACUGCUGUGGACUACCUGGCGAAGAACGUGAGCCUGUCCAGCCAGCGGAGGAUGAAGCUGGGAGACCACUCAGCCGUCCUGGGACUACUCCAGGUGGAGACGGGACAGGCCUACUAGAUUAGUCGCACUACAGUCCCCCAUCUCCCCCACACUAGCCCCUUGACCUGCUACCGGCGCCUCUCCCUCACCCCUAUCUCUCUCACUGCCACCGCCAUCACCAACGGGAGAGCCAGAAGUGUGUGUGUGUGUGUGUGUGUGUGUGUGUGUGUGUGUGUGUGUGUGUGUGUGUGUGUGUGUGUGUGUGUGUGUGUGUGUGUGUGUGUGUGUGUGUGUGUGUGUGUGUGUGUGUGUGUGUGUGUGUGGGUAUGUGCAGACGUGUUUCUGUUUUUGUGUGUGUUUGUGGGAGAGAGACAAGACAGAAGAUCAAAGCACUUGUAGUCUUGAAGAGAGAAAUGGACUGAAAUUGAAGCAGCCAUUCCAGGAGGAGGAGCAGGGAGCUGUAGCUACAGUCUCUUUCCACUGUUCAACCAUUUCACAAUUCCUCCUCUCAUCCUCAACCAAGAGACCCUUACAGGGCUAUGGCGAGCUAGAGGGGAAUGAGCUCCUACUGUCUUGGGCCCCAUAUUGAAAUGGCCUGCCCGACCUACGCUACCAAGAGUUAACACAUGCAGGCCGAACAAGUGUAGCUUAUCUUUCAUUCCCAAGUUUUUGGACCAGGUCAUUUGUUACGGUACUUAGCUACUGGUGUUAUAAUUCUAUUUGUCAUUAUAACUGUGGCUGUUCCUAUUGCUGUUCAAAAUUAUAAUUAUUGUUACAAUGUUGUUUACUUUCCAUCUUGUCAAAGAUUUCAUUGGCGUUUGCUGGUAUUAUUUGAACAGAUGAUUUAGAGGAGCUUACAGAGAAAGAAGGGAGGGGGGUGAAAG